CGUUCGCAGGAAGUGCAGCCGCCCCAUUUCCAGCAGUCACAAUGGCCCGUCGUCCCGCGAGAUGUUACCGCUACUGCAAGAACAAGCCCUACCCUAAGUCCCGGUUCAACCGUGGUGUUCCCGACCCCAAGAUUCGUAUCUUCGAUCUGGGACGUAAGAAGGCCAACGUCGAUGACUUCCCUCUCUGCGUGCACCUGGUCUCCAACGAGUACGAGCAGCUGUCCUCCGAGGCCCUCGAAGCCGCCCGUAUCUGUGCCAACAAGUACCUCGUCAAGAUCGCCGGUAAGGAAGGUUUCCACCUUCGUGUCCGUGUGCACCCCUUCCACGUCAUCCGUAUCAACAAGAUGUUGUCUUGCGCCGGAGCCGAUCGUCUCCAGACCGGUAUGCGUGGUGCCUUCGGUAAGCCCCAGGGUACCGUUGCCCGUGUGAACAUCGGCCAGAUCAUCCUGUCCGUCCGCACCCGUGACGCCAACCGCGCUGCUGCCAUCGAGGCCCUCCGCCGCUCCAUGUACAAGUUCCCCGGUCGCCAAAAGAUCAUCGUCUCCAAGAACUGGGGUUUCACCCCCGUCCGCCGUGAGGACUACAUCCAGCUCCGCCAGGAGGGCAAGCUCAAGCAGGACGGUGCUUACGUCCAGUUCCUGCGUGGCCACGGUCUCGUUGAGGAGAACAUGAAGCGUUUCCCCGACGCCUACGAGAACCUUUCUCAGGCUUAGAUGGAUGUUAAAUCGCUUUAGGACGAAAAAAAUGAGACGUAUUGAACUAUUCCCAAUUUUCACGUCCUGUUUUGUUACCCUUGAUGUCAUUUAGUGUCUCAACGUAUGGGGCGGAGUUAUUGAACGCGGAUUCCUCGGCUUGUUUUACUGUAACUGCCAGUCGUAGACUGUAGGCGAGAUUAACCUCUGUCGCGUGCACAUGUUCUUAUCGACAAGACUUAAACGGCUACGGGUCUGACCUAUUCUGUACUGGCAUGAAGUGCUGUCAUGUCAACCGAAAAGGCCAAUCAUUUUCACCUUGAUAAGAGAUCUUGUUGUUUCUUCGACAUUUCCGGCGAACAGACCUGACGCUUGUCCGGUGGCUCACGAACUAUAUCACUAGCAGGGUUCUCCUUAAUAAGUACAAUAAUAUAUUUACU